AUGCUCGGGAAACGCGUCACAUCUUCAACCGAACAGGUGCGUAGACUUGACGCAGUCUCCGCAGAAGGUGAUCCUACGUCAAAACAUCUUCAAAAUAUCACGGAGCGAAACAGUGUUGCUCGAAAACUGUGUAACGAAUGCCCGCUGAUUUCGAGGAGGUCAAUCGGCGGACAGCCCGCCGCUCGAGUGCUGCGAAGCGCCGAGCACGCGUCGCCAUUAAUUCAGCGCCUCAACGGACCCGCGUCCGCGUGCGCUGCGCCGACCACGCCGUGCCACGUGCUCAAAAAUCAGAUGUCACCCGAUUGGAUUCGGGCGUCGUAUUGCGAAAUGUCACCAGCUCCAACUACGUCGGGUUUGACCAAGAGAGUCGUUUAUGGUGUUGUGUUACCUCGUGCACCCGCGCUCACGCGGUUGCCAGUUGGG